CAAACUUACUUCAAGGUUAGGUUUUACUUCCUAGUGGUGCAAUAGUGAGUGAAGAGCUCUUUAUUGUUCCAACCAGCUGAUAAACAGCUGUAAAAGCGGACUGUAGUCUGUAAACCAUUGUCAGUUGUAUACCGGACUGUUGGAACAUUCUUUCCUCUGUGUUAUUUUUGUUUACUUGUGAGAUGAGCAACAUAGCUGUGUUUGGUGCCACCGGAAUGGUGGGUUUAUGUGUACUUAAAGCGGCAGUUGAAAAAGGUUUGAACGUUCAAGCACUGUUACGAUACCCAAACAAACUACCAAAGGAGUACCAGGGGAAGGUAAGCUAUGUACAAGGAGACGUGUUUAAUGCUGAAGAUGUGAGGAAAACCUUGGAAGGCCAGGAUGCUGCCAUUGUGGUCUUGGGGACUGGAAAUUCCGUCGGUUCCAAGGGGCUCACAAAUGUCAUUGCAGGGAUGAAGGAGUUGAACAUAAAAGUUGUCUCGGUUUGUUUAUCAUCAAAUGUGUUCAUCCCGCCAGAGAAGGACCGGCCCAUGUUCCCAGGAGUGGUUGCUGAGCACAGGAAGAUGUUCGCGAUCCUGAAGGACAGUGGAUUGCAGUGGAUAGCCGUCAACUCCCCGUAUAUAAUGGAUAUGCGGCCCACUGGGUACAUCACAGCUCACAGUAUAAUCAAGGGCGACCCGGGUGUGUCCAAGUACGAUCUGGGGCGAUUCUUCGUAGACUGCCUGUCAAUGCCGGAGCACUACCAGAAGUCAGUUGGGAUCACUUCCAAGCGGUGAACUAAAGACCGAAGACGAGUUUAUGCUACUAUAAGAUAUUCUUUAAUGUAUGAUCUAUAUUUUGUUUAUAUAAUUAUAUUACUGUUUAUUUAAGAAAUUUCCUUCCUUAACCUCAAAUCAGAAUUUCACUUUAUGUAACUGUAUUUACAAAAUUGAAACAUGUACAUAAAUCUUUGAGGCACUUCUGGAUGAUAAUGAAAUAAUGAACUUCUUUGGAUACAACAU